AUGACACCAGAAUAACUCAUGUUUAAACUGGUUAUGUACCUUAAUCCAUUGUUUUGGUAUAAAUUCUAUUUCUAUGAAACGAUCUUCAUGGUCACUAUCACCAUCUUUGCUUUCUAAUACAUUAGAGGAUCAAAGUUAAACAAAAGAUUAGCUAAAAUUCAUAUGAAUCAAAUCAGCCUUGAGCUAUCGAAAUAUUUUAAAAAUGUUGGUGAUAAGGAAUAGAACAUCCUCUAUGAAUAGGAUAAUCCUCAUACUUACAAACUAUACGCUUCCAAUCAUCCGACAUUGAAGUUUUGCUUAGUUGGAUUAUAUCUUCACAGAAGAGAAAACUUGUUCAAUUAUUAUGGCUAUUAAUUUGUAUUUCCCUCCAAAGAGAGAUUGGUUAUAGAAAUAGGUGUGCAACCAUAAUUCAGAUAGUAUAUUUGUUUUGGAAUUGUGAAAUAAAACCAGAUCAAGAGAAUCAAGCAGGAAGGAUAUGAGGAUCUCAAGAAUAUCUGUCAUACUCUGACAAUACCAGAAUUAGAUAAUUCUCUUUAAAUCCUCACAGAAUACGAUGAAAUUGCACAAUCAAUUUGUACUCCUGAAAUUAUAAAACUACUUAAUGCUAAUGAAAAGUCUAUUCAUAUCAUUUAUAUCUCUGAUGUUGACAGAGAUCCAGCAUGCAAAAUCUGUGUUAAGGUCAUGACUAAUCUAUCCACAAGUCCUGAUUAUCAAAACCUAGUCUCAUUGGUUGUUCAAUUGUCAUAACAAAUUGCAUCAAUUAAAAUGGAUUUGAAAAAAAUAACUAAAGCUGGAUAGACACGUAGAAAAUUCAAUUCCAAAUUUAAAGAUUGAUUUAUUUCUGUAUGUACAAAAUUGUGAUGUUAACAUUCUCU